GCUUGGGGUUAUAUCACGACAGAAAAUGAAAAAUAUACUGCGCCGAUAUGGCUAACCGAAUUCGGAACAAAUGUAGAUAAUUUUGUAGGUGAUAAUUACAUCAAUUGUGUUAGUCAAUAUGUACAAAACAAAAAAAUUUCAUGGGCCUAUUGGGUACUAGCGGGAAGCUAUUACAUUCGGGAUGGUACGUCAGAAUUCCGUGAAUCAUUCGGUUUGCUUAGUGAUGACUGGCAGACGGUGAAAUCAGAUUUAUUUAUGAAAAUACUGGCUGAUAUGCAAAAAGAUUAA